CACAAAAACAAACACAGCACACACAAAGGGAAAGGAAGGAAGCCAGAGAAGACAGUGUUUGUAAAACAUGAUGCGUGCCGUCACAGUCUACAUCCGACUGAACCACUUGCUGCUGCUUUUGUUUUGGUUUUGACAAGGAAGAUAAAGUAAGUUACGUUUCCAUUAUUUUGCUGAUGAUGGCAGCUCCUUGAGCUGAUGAUGAAUGCCCGUUCUCCCUGGAAUCUCUCACCCUGGUGUGCCGUUGAUGGGAAAGGCUUUGCUGGUGCCACACACUGACCAAGGCCAAUGUAAGAAAUGGGGAUUGGAUCUUCCAGAGCUGGGAGGUGUCGGACUGCGCCCCUGAAUGUAUCCCAACAUGCCUGGGAACCCCAACGCAGCACUCCCUACAGACUCUCCAACGGCACCGACAAGGGCUCGGACUACCAGAGUGGGACGAAGCCUGUGGUCUCCAUAGUAACGCCUCUCUCACAAGGGAGCGCUGUGCAGAACGACACUGCCGUGCUAGUGCCCUCAGUGCCCGAGAGGCCAGUGGUCCGGGGGGGCUACGUCACGGCCCAGCAGGUCUACAACUUCCUGAACGCCGAGGCCGGAGAGCCAGCCCUGCACAACCCAGACUACAUCCUGAUCCUGGACUGCCGCAGCACUGAGCGGUACAAGCAAUCGCACAUGGUGACGGCGCGAGUCAGCCUGACAGUGCUGCACCCGGAGCUGGGCUGCCUGAUCACCAGGAGCCAGCUGCAGGAAUACUCCAUCAUCCUGCUAUACGGGGAGGAGGGGGACAGAGCGGAUGAGGGCUUCACCCCACCCCAGAGGAUCCCUGUGGUGUACCAUGGUGGUAGCAGAGAGUCUGCGGGGGACACCCCCACCCUGCAGCGCUGCUUCUUCCAGCUCAGCUCUCUGGGGAUGGACCCUGUGGUCCUCCAGGGAGGUUACGCAGCCUUCUCCCGUCUCUACCCCUUCCUGUGCACCCCCACGAUGAUCCUGCUGGAGUCCGAGCGCCGGGCCCUCACCAUCUACCCUUCGGAGAUCCUGGAGGGGGCAUUGUACCAGGGCUCGGCCAGGCAGGCGUCGGACUACCGCAUCAUCAAGAACCUGCAGAUCACCCACGUGCUGAACGCCACGGCUGAGUGCCCCAACGCCUUCCCCAGCACGCUGCGCUACCUCCACCUGCGGCUGAAUGAUGACACGCACCAGGACGUGGCUGAGAGCUUCCCCGCCGCCACGCGCUUCAUUACCCAGGCACUGCGGGCCGAGGGGGGCCGGGUCCUGGUGCACUGCAGCCUGGGGCGCAGCCGCAGCUCCGCCCUCACCCUGGCCUUCCUCAUGGAGCACCGCCAGUGGACCCUGCAGCAUGCCUACCAGUGGCUGAAGGAGCGCCGGGCCUGCGCUGCCCCCAACGACGGCUUCCUGCGGCAGCUCCUCACCUACGAGGAGAGGCUCUUCGGGAAGAAGCUCACAGACCUGCAGAACAUUCGAGUCUAGGGUUGGUCUGAUGGGCGGGGGGCGGGGUUCAUUCACUAAAGACUGGACGCGACUUGGGUAUCUAUAGAGAGUACCCAGGGUCCCAUUCUUCAAACCUUGCUGAGGAUGUUUUGCCAUGUAUCCAUCUGCCACGGGGACGAGAGUUCAAAUAUCAGCAGGGUUUAAACAGGAAUGUCUGAUGGAGGAAUGUAAAGGACACUCGAGGCAACUUAAAAAAAACUACAAAGCAGAAAAAAUGAACAGAGGCUGACAAUAUUUACCAUCACAGAGAUGUUUUUAAAUGGGAAUUAUAGAAGAAAGUGACAUACAGAUGGUGUUGCAUCAUUGUGUAGUGCCCUGUUUUCAAAUUGGAUUGUAGACUGCAGAUGGAACCUGCCACAGACAGUCCCAGUUUAACUUUCUGAACAAGAUGAUAAUUCUAGAUACUAACAGGGGGUAAUGUGUAAUGAGGGAAUACCUGGUAAAACUUUAACAGACUUGUUUGUUAACUGUCUAAAAUAAUAAUCCAUGUUCCUUUUAACAAAGUAGUGUUAAUAAUACAAUGAGCCAAACCUGUUUCUUUACCUAUGACAUUGUCAGGAAACACAGAGAAUAUUUUCCACAUUUAUUGUACAGUAAGAAGCUUAUUAAACAUGUAAAGGUAUAUGUUUUUUAAACAGUGUGGGAUACCCAUUUUAAACAUCAUUCCUCUAAAAUGUUGCUUUGCUUCAUUUCUUAUAGCUCUUGUCUUGUGUAGCCAGUAUGUGGCAUUGUAUGUCAGGGCGACAGAGAAUCUAAUCAAACCUGUCAUUAAGAGUUUAAAAGGCUGAAAGUGCAGUAGAUAGUUCAUUUAGGCCAUACAGAAUACUUCAGAUAUACAUCACUGUAUUCAAACACAAG